AUGACUAAUAAGUAUAUUCUUAAUGAUCCCAGUCCAGAACUACCUGGUUAUAUCAAACCGCCUUAUCCCAUUAUUAAAAAGAAACCAUUACAGGAAGAUGAAGCAGGGUUAUUCGUAAGGUUUAAGGAGAUGUUGGCUACACUUCAGGUAAGUAUUUUGUUUCAUGAAGUGUUAGAAUUAAUGCCUAAGUUUUCUAAGUUUAUGAAGGAAUUGCUAAAGGUUACGAAGCAAAAAUUGGUCAAGGAACAGGUAAAUAUGAUAGAGAAAGAUGAGACGACAGUGCCUCCAACGUUGCCAUCAAAACUAAAGGAUCCAGGUAAGUUCAUCACCGCUUAUACCAUUGAUGGAGUAAAGAUACCAAGCGCUUUAUGUGAUUUAGGAUCAAGUAUUAAUGUAAUGCCAUUGAAUAAGGUUAAGGAAUUGAACUUGGGAGAGAUUAUACCGAGUAAUAUGACUCUCACUUUGGUUGAUUUAUCUGUUACUCAUCCGCUUCGUAUCUUACAAGACGUGUUAGUACAUGUCGAUGGUUUAGUUUUUUCUGUAGAUUUUGUGGUGAUUGAUAUGAAAGGAAAUUCAUGA